AUGAAGCUCCUACUAAUGCUUCUGAUAGCCAUUCUCUUCAUUCAGGUUUUUGUGGUGGCAGAGGUAUCACCAGCCAGUGAUGAUACUUCACAUUCUCUUGCUCAGGAGGAUGAGGGCGCGAACUAUGGAGCCCUGCUCAAGAAACACCACCCUUACAGAAUCAAUUGCAGGCAAGCAUGCGCAAGAAGGUGCAGCAAGGCUUCCAGAAAGAAAAUCUGCCACCGAGCGUGCAACACCUGUUGCAGAAGGUGCCACUGUGUCCCUCCCGGGACUUACGGGAACAAGGAGCUUUGCCCUUGCUAUGCAAGCCUAAGAACACAUGGAAAUAGACCUAAAUGCCCUUGA